AUGCCCGUUGACCUGUUAGACGGCCUGAAGCGGUCACGAGCCGGGACCCGAGCAGCAGUCACUCGCACCGUCAAUCGACUACGUGAACCCCGGACAGGGGAGGUUUCCCUCGAAGAUGUUGAAGUCGACAUCGAGUAUUUAGUGGCGAGGAAGGCGGCGCUGCAAGACUUGGACAGUCAGAUCCUGGCGCUGACCGGCGAAGAGCAGUAUGACCAGGAAGUCCAAGGCAUCCUGGAAUGCGAGCAGCAGCUCGAAGCCGCCAUCACGCGCGCGAGGCGGGUCCUUCGAACGGCAGGACAGCUCACAUCGCCAGUUGCGCCGUCUGCCGCACUGGGCGAUUCCACUCCUAGAGAAUCAACCAGCCGUUCUGUUUCCUUGCCGAAGCUGCAAAUUCCAAAGUUCGGAGGGAAGUUGCAAGACUGGGCCAGGUUCUGGGAACACUUCCAGGCAACGAUCCACAACAACGGUGCGCUAGCUACAGUGGAGAAGUUUAAGUAUCUCCUGUGUUACGUUACCGAUGAGGCCAAGCGCGCUAUUGAUGGGAUCAGCCUUAGUGGAGCGAAUUACCAGAUAGCUGUUGACGCCCUGAAGCAGCGGUUCGGACGAACCGAUCUCCUUGCAGCCGAGCACAUCGACAAGCUGUUGUCGCUCCGCGCAGUGCAAGGUUCUGGGGACGUGACUCAGCUACGUCACUUGUUCGACGAAGUCUCGCGCCACACGAGGGCCCUGGAAUCACUGGAGAUUCCGCAGUCUAGCUAUGAUGUCGUGCUCUAUAGGGUUGUUACUCGCUGCCUUCCACCCGAUCUCUUCGUGCAGUUUCGGCAGAGAAGGAAGGAAUUGGUCUCUCCUAGCGAGAGCGGGACAGCCCCCUCCACAGAGUCUACUCGCAUAUCGCCCACUGCCGCGGAGGUUCGUGCACUGAUGGAUUUCCUACGCAUUCAAGUGGAAGCAAGGGAAGAAGUCGCUCUUCACCGGCCUCGGCAUACGCCUCCGGUCCACGCGGAAGACGAAGCGCCAGCCCCCUUUCCUUCGGCCGCAGCGCUGCCAGCUGGUGUGCGCACAGACUCCACACGCCCUGAUGGAGCUCCACCAGCACCGCCGUCCGAUCUCCCUUCGUGUGCCCUUUGCCGUGCGUGCGAUCACCGCACGGCGACUUGUCCAGCGCCGCUCACACCCGAGGGAAAACGGAGAAGCCUCACGUCAGCGCGUCGAUGCUUCCGCUGUGCCAAGCGGAACCACUUGGCCCGUCAGUGUCGCUCUUCAGCUAGUCUCACGUGUACCAGAUGCAACGGACAACAUCUGACUGUGCUCUGCGACAUACAACCGAAACGCGAAGCGCGAGAGCGCACCGCCGGGAUCGUUGGAUCGGCUUCAUCAUCGCCAGCGCAGACACCUGAAAUCCAAGCCACCACCGCGUCAACCUCGUCUACUGUCACAUUUCUGCAGACCGCUGUGGUUCAGGUUGCCGGCCCUGGCGGAUCCGCGUCCGUACGUAUUCUUCUCGACAACGGAAGUCAGAGAACAUUCAUCACCGAGGAACUCGCUCAGCGGCUUCGAUGCCCGGGAUUGGCAUCCGAAAACAUGUCGAUCUUUGCGUUUGGCUCCACGCAACCGUCCACGCAUCGCACAUACCAGAAGGUGUCCCUGCGUAUCGAUGGCUUACAUCAGUCGUUGGAAGUAGAGGCCAUCGCUAUACCACAGAUCUGCAGGUCGCUCAGCCCACCUGUGGAUGCCCGGAUCUUGCAAAUGCUACACGAUCGUGGUCUCUCUCCGGUCACAACGACUUGUCUAUCGCAGAACGUCGACGUGCUGAUAGGCGCGGACUACUACUGGCGAUUUGUGUCUGGCAGAAUAGAGCGCCUUCCCAACAAUAUCACAGCCGUCGAAACGGUAUUUGGGUGGAUCGUCCAAGGUGUUGCCCCACUGCGUUCCUCGCUACCAGACUAUCCCGCCACCACGUCACUUUUGUGCUGCACGAACGACGCGCCCGAGCAUGAGCUGACGAACCUGUGGCGACUAGAUGCAUUAGGUAUCAUGGAUUCUGACGUAGCUGCUCCCACCGCAGCGGCAGACCUCCAAAUGUUUCAAGAGAACAUCAAGUGGCAGACAGAUCGGUACGAGGUUCCCCUCAUGAUCCAGGCGCCUGGGCUACCACCAGAGGCACACAAUCGGGUAACCGCCGAGACGAGACUCAACGCUCAACUCCGGCGGUUCCGAAUGGCACCCGACGUUCUCAAGCAGUACGACGCCACAAUGCGCGAAUACUUCGUCGAAGGGCAUGCCGAACCAGUCUCUGGCCCAGACCCAACCAGGAACGUGUACUACCUGCCCCACCAUGCCGUUAUACGUAUGGAGGCCGUCACGACCAAGGUCCGCAUAGUCUUCGACGCCUCGUCCCAUGUUCCCGGCCAACCGUCUCUUAAUGAGGUUCUGUCGAAGGGUCCCAACUUAAACAGCAACCUCCUCCAUCUCCUCAUCACGUUUCGGUCUUCUCCCAUUGUCUUGACCGCCGACAUUCGCAAGGCGUAUCUUCAAAUUCAGAUCCGACCAGAGGACCGAGACGCCCUCCGCUUUCUGUGGAUCCAGGAGCUACCGUCAUCAUCCAACCCUUAUCCUGCGACUCAGGAGUGGAGGAUGACCAGAGUCCCGUUCGGAGCAUCGUCCAGCCCCUUCCUACUCGCGGCAACUCUGCACCAUCACUUCGACGCGGUCGCUUCGCGAUACCCAGCCACCGCAGCUCGCCUCCGCACCAGCUUCUAUGUUGACGACCUAGUAAUUGGCUGCGACGACGUGCAAGAUGCCGAGACGAUAUAUGCCGAGACCAGAGCUGUCCUGCGGGACGCAGGGAUGGAAAUCCGAAAAUGGGCAGCGAACUCCACCGCACUUCAACAGAAAUUUCUCGCAGACGAAACUGCCUACGAUAACGUCGGUUGUACAAACCCAGUGCUUCGUAUCUUAGGUGUACCAUGGGACAGACAGGCGGACGUCAUCCUAGCACCAGUCACCGCGGUUCACGAAUUCGCGCAGAAAAAUGAGCCCACGAAGUGCACGGUGCUCAGGACCUUUUCUAGACUGUACGAUCCUUUGGGUUUGCUCCUUCCCUUUACGGUCACCGCGAGGCUCUUGUUUCAAGCAAUGUGGAAGGAAGCAGUUCCUUGGGACCAACCCAUGCACCCCCAGACACACCAAGCUUGGCGCGAAUGGGUACGCGGCCUUCCCGCGCUCUCCACAAUGCAAGCACCGAGAUCUCCCUUCAAUCCGGCCGGCACCGUCCCAGACCUUCACAUCUUUGCAGACGCAAGCCCGCGGGCCUACGGAGCGGUUGCAUACGUACGCACCCACAAGGCUCCCGGGGGUGUCAGCUCCCACCUGCUCAUCGCCAAAGGUCGCAUUGCACCACUGAAGACGGUCACUCUUCCGCGUUUGGAGCUCCUUGGCUGCCUUCUCGCCGCUAGACUGUUCAAGAGCAUCUGCGACGUCAUACCUGCCCUGCAGUCACGGGUCACGUUGUGGACGGACUCUCAGAUUGCACUGCACUGGAUAAAGAAUGGGAAGAUGACUCAGUCGCAGAAUCCUCAGUUGGUCGAGGGGCGCUUACGAGAGAUUCGCCAGCUCACGGACCCGGCUAGAUGGUGUCACUGCGACGGGAAAAGCAACCCCGCUGACUUGCUCACGAGGGGAAUCACCGCGACUGAGCUGCUCCACAGCAAGCUGUGGUGGACCGGUUCACCCUGGUUAUUUGGCAACGUGGAUGGUCUCGUCGCGGCCCAAAACACAUCUCCGCAUUUCCGGAUCGAGGAGACCUGUUGCGCCAUCGCCGUUCAGCAUCGGGACCCCCUUCUUCAACUCGAAGAUCACAGCUCCCUUAACCGCGUGCUCCGUGUGACAGCGUACGUGCUCAGGUACAUCAACAACACCCGGAAACCCCAGUCGAAACACAGCGGCUCACUCUCAGCGGAGGAGCUACACUCAGCAGAGCUGCUCUGGGUCCGUUGGACUCAGUUGGAAUCUUUCCCCACUGAAAUCGAGGACCUACAGACGAGACGCCCCAUCUCUUCUUCAUCGGCCGUUUUGCUAUUGAACCCGUAUAUCGACGAGAAUUCAUUACUCCGCGUCGGUGGUCGUCUGAGGUACGCCGACGAAAGCGACAGCGUACGGCACCCCAUCCUUCUGCCGUCCAGACACAGAUUCACAGAGCUGCUCGUGCUCGACAUGCACUGUCGUCUACACCACACAGGAGUUCAAGACACACUCUGUGAAAUUCGCCAGAAGUAUUGGAUUGUAAGGGGUCGACAGACGGUUCGUCGCGCUCUUCAUACGUGUCUACAGUGCAAACGACGACGACUGGAUCCGGAAACAGCACCUGUCGCUCCUCUCCCGCGGGAAAGGAUCACACCCACGAGUCCCUUCGACGUAGUAGGGGUGGAUUUUGCUGGACCGCUCUAUGCAUUUGACAAUAACGAACAGCGGAAGGCGUACAUCGUCCUUUUCUCAUGUGGCGUUACCCGCGCGAUCCACCUCGAAUUGGCGACCGGGAUGUCCACUCAACACUUCCUCGGCGCAUUUAGGCGUUUUGCGUCCCGACGCGGGGUUCCGUCACUGAUCAUGUCAGACAACGCACGCACCUUCCAUCAGACGUCACGGAUUCUCUCCACCGCGUCCUCAGAAGUGCAAGAUUUUGCCUCCAGGAAUCGCAUCAAAUGGAGGUUUAUUGUCGAGAGAGCACCCUGGUGGGGCGGGUGGUGGGAGAGGAUGGUCAGAUGCGUGAAGGACUCCCUCAGGCGUUGCUUAGGAAGGCGCCAUUUGACGUAUGAAGAUCUCACAACGGCCUUAUGCGAAGUAGAAUGCAUAGUGAAUUGCCGGCCGCUGACGUAUGUGGAUUCCGAUCCCGCCGCCCUGCACCCUUUGACUCCUGCAGACUUCCUCGUAGGGAAGCGCUUGACUGCCACCCCAACACCGGGCGAAGUUGCACAGCCGUUGGACGCUGGGAGACUCAAGCAUUACUUGAAAGCACAGGAUAGUCUUCGCCAGCAGUUCUGGAACAGGUGGCGCAAGGAAUACCUCUUCCAGCUGAGAUCGGCGCAUAUGGCGAGACGGGACCCGGAGAGUCAACUGAGGGUCGGAGACGUGGUCAUCAUCCACGAAAGAGGACCGCCGCUACUCUGGAAGCUCGGCCGCGUAACUCAGACCAUUCCCGGACGCGACGGUGUCGUUCGUGCCUGUGCGGUCAUGCUGGCCAACAAGACCAUUCUUCACCGUCCCGUGCAGUUGCUGCACCGCUUGGAAGGGGAUAUCGCACCACCCGUGGCCCGGGAGGAUGUGGAAGAAAGAGGAGGAGGAGAGGGCUCUUAG